CUAAAAGAGGAGUUGUGUUGGUUAUGUGAGUAUAAAUUAAUCGAUUGUUCACGUUAACCUAUAAGAGUGUUUUCCAAGUUGUAAAUUGAUUGAACGAUACGUUUGAAAUAUAAUGUCGAUAAUAAAACAAUUAUCGAUCGAAAAAAUGGUAGAUCCUCCGAUGUUUUAGCGGAAAAGUCUCUGAAAUUAGGGAAGCAGGAAAAAAUCCGUCAACAUGGCUUCUAAUAACAAUCAGCAGAAUGGAUGGUUGAGUGGCUUAGGAAUGGGAUUUGGGGGCGCCUUAAGUUGUGUUCCGGAACAACAGCAACAACAACAGCCAGGGGCUUCCUCAGAUCCAAAUCAGUUUGAACAAUUAGACAGGACUAGUGUCGGCAGUAAUACUCUUAAGAGAAAUCCAAAAAUGGAGCUAUCUAAAAACGAUCUUCUUAAAUUAGUCACGUAUUUUGAAGGUGAGAUCCAAGCUAGAGACAUCGCGAUUGCUACCUUGAAGUCUGAGAGGUUGAAACAAGUAGUGAAUGUAGGACGUUAUAGACCCGCUGUGGCGUCUGAUCCCUACAUAGCUUUACUUAGAGACAGUAUUGCCGAUGGACCAAAUGCAAAACCUGUUGUCAGUGAACAGGAAAUGGCUGUUGCAGCUGAACAACAGUUGCAAGCACUAGAACAAUUAGCGCUUCAACAAAGACGAGCUCAUCAACAUAUGAUAAAUAUAUUAAAAGAAGCCGAAGCAAAACAUAGGAAAGUCAUACAAGAACUAGAAGAAGAAAAAUGUAAACACGAACAUGACACUGCUCAAGGUGAUGAUAUUACUUAUGGUUUAGAAAUGGAGAGGACUAGGUUAAGACAAGAAUUGGAAAUGGAGAGGUCUGCAAGGAAAAAACUAGAAAAAGAAGUUAAAAAACAAUUAGAAAUGGCUGACGAAGAAAGAGCAAGACAAAAACAAAUUGUUCUGCUUUUGUUGGCUGAAAGGAAAAAAAUUAUAGUGAAAUAUAUCGAGGAGAGAAAAAGGAGUGAAGAUUUAGCACAAAUAUUAUCUGAAGAAAAGUCAAGGAUUGACAGCAUGGCUGAAGGUUUAGAGGAAGAAAGCAAAAAAUCACUUCAAAUGGAGGCUGAACUUGAAAAACAACUACACGUUUUUGAAGCUGACAAAAAAUCACUAACUCAACAACUUGCCAUUAAGGAAGCUAGAUGUCAAGAAUUGGAGGCUGAAUUACAAAAAUUAAAAGCUGAUUAUGAAUUAUUAAAAACUCGAACUAACGUAUCUUGUGAUAGUGCAGCUCCUAUGAUUAGUAGUGUAGCUAAGGUGGUACAACCGACGGCAACUGUUUCAAGUGUUCCAGUUUCAGGCCCUACCACGGGCAUUGCACAGUCUGUAACACCAGGCCAGGCUUUGCGUCAGACAGCAAUAGCGCCCCCGGUGCAAAUGGCAACAACUAAGUUGAUGGCAAAUGCGGGCCCUUCAACGCAGCCACCAGUGACUCGAUCUCAACCUAAACCAGCAUUUCACGCCCAAUACCAGUCGCCCUCUGCCCCCCAAACCCCUCCCAAGAAGGGGGCUGUGGCCGGGCGUGGCGUUCCUCCCCCAAUUCCCCCAAACAAACCUGUCAUUCCCUGCAAACAAACGCCAGCUCGACGACCGGACGGUAACGAAUCCGAGAAAAAAAAAACAAGCAGUGCCGGUAAUAAGGAAGCAGCGCCAUCUUCCGGCGAAUCAAGUCGUAGUGGCUCUCAAGGAAUAGAAAUCUUAGGUCAAGAGCUUGCCGAUUUUCAACAAAUGUUUGUUACUAUGGCAACUAGCAAUAAUACUUAGGAAUAAUAAUAUAAUUUAUUUGUUGACAGGUUGGGGUCUGACGAUAAUCAGAAUUGACCUCAGAAGUCCACUUCUUAUGUGAUAAUUACAAAAUUAAAUCUAUACUUGAAUAGUGCAUGAGUUGUUAGAGUUAUUUUUUUACUUUGGCACUGCAACUUUAGCCCAGUAACUUUUCUUGGGGCGGAGCAAGACUAUGAGACGGCUACGUGUACUAAAUUUUAAUAUAAAUCUCUAAUUGUGACUGAAAUAUCUCGUUGUAUCAUAUUUUUCGUGCGAAAUUGAUGUGUAUUGCAUUUUAUUUAAUUAAUUAUUUUUGCUUUUAUAUUUAGGGACAAGUAUUGUUAUCUUGAAUUGAGCUACUUAAAUUUGGUUGUAUUUUUUAUACAAAAUAAAUUUUUUUUUGGUAUUA